GGACUAAACUCCUUAGUGUGGAGAUAGCCAGAUAGGCCGAUCCCAACUUGGUCACGUGUAUUCGACCCCCUUUCCUUUCCUUGAAUGAGUAUGUUAGGAUAUUGUUUGUCAAAUCUUGAUCGUUUAACAUAUGUAGGACUCUUCCAAGAUAAAUUUGAACACAGAAUUCAGGUCCCCGAAUCAUGGUAGGAUUGUGACUCCGUCAUUCAUCUACACCAACAUCCUCAAACCAAAAAACACUCAAUCCCCUCUCAACACCACUACUCUAGUACUCUCUCUCUUAUCUUCCUCUUUGUUUAAGUUUGCAUUGAUCCCAGAAUCUAGAAUUUACAGAUCAUAAACACCUACAAAUUUCUGGUCUGACCACGUGCUUUCCUCAUCUAGAAAAAACCCUAAUUUAAUAUUAACACUUUCAAUUCAAUCAACAUAAUUCAUAACUUCAUCAUCGUUGUCUUUUUCAGAUCCCAAGCUUACCCCACCUACCAUUGUUGUCAGCUUACAUAUAUUCACCAUACAAAUUUUACCCACUUCCCCAAACCCCUAUUUUAAAGCUUUAUUUCCUUAAUUGCCCAGAUUAUUGCUCAUAAACCCUAAAUUUUGUUUUAAUUUCUGGGUUUUAAGAUUUGAGUUACAAGGAUGAAGGAUAAGAAAGCAUCGAAAUUGACCCAUCAGCAUCAGAGUGGUCACUCUUCUCCUUUUAAAUUGGGCAAAUUGUUUGAUCCUGAUGUUUCCUGGGAUAAGGAUCAACUAGGGGAUGUUCUACAUUGGACUCGACAAAUCGUGGGCCUCGUGUGUGGUUUGAUUUGGGGUGCGAUCCCUUUGGUCGGAGGUGUAUGGCUCAUAUUGUUCUUGGCUCUUUCCACUGCCAUCGUGUAUGGGUAUUAUGCAUUGAUACUGAAGGUUGACGAGGAAGAAUAUGAUGGUCAUGGUGCUCUCCUCCAGGAAGGGCUUUUUGCAUCAAUGACUCUCUUUUUGCUUGCAUGGAUUCUAGUAUACAGCUUGGGACACUUUUGAUUGACUAGGUGGCAAGAAUUAUUCUUGAUCAAUAUUAAGAUGAUUUGGCGCCAAAUUUUCUGAUUUGCCUGGAACAGCUAGAUGAUUCCAUUAUCACAGUUGUAUGAAAAAUUUGUUUAAAGUUUGUACUUUCUUAGUUUUAUUGUGAAGCACAAACUCGUUAGCAUUUAAAUUGAUAGCAAAGUUCUUACUCGUCACCU